GUAACUUUUGAUCGGCGAAAAAUCACAUCGUGCAACUGUACUUGUUCCUCCAAGGCUUAUUGGUGUGCACACGUAGUUGCUGUUUGUCUUCAUAGAAUACACAUGCCGACACAAGUCUGCCUAAGAGCACCAGUUAGUGAAUCCCUGUCGCGAUUGCAUCGAGAUCAAUUGCAAAAAUUUGCUCAAUAUCUCAUCAGCGAAUUGCCACAGCAGAUUCUACCCACUGCACAAUCACUCUUGGACGAACUGUUGUCAGCUCAACCAAAUGCCAUCAAUAGCUAUUGUGGUGCUCCUGACCCUACAGCAGGUGCUUCGGCACACGAUCAAACAUCUUGGUAUUUGGAUGAGAAAACGUUGCACGAUAAUAUUAAGAAAAUUCUUAUCAAGUUUUGUGUACCAGCGCCUAUUGUGUUCAGCGAUGUAAACUAUUUGAGCACCACCGCACCUCCAGCUGCUGCCGAGUGGUCGUCGCUUCUAAGACCAUUGAGAGGUCGAGAACCAGAGGGAAUGUGGAAUCUCCUCUCAAUCGUUCGUGAAAUGUUCAAGAGAACAGAUCGUAAUGCAAUUCCGCUUUUAGAAAUUAUCACGGAAGAGUGCAUGGCCUGUGAACAAAUAAUUGUUUGGUGGUUUAACACCAAAGUAGCUUUGUUGAAUGGUACAGGACAUGGUGGUGGUAAACAUGGUAAUAUGAAUAGCAAUGUUCACGCAUCUCAACAUGCAUGUUCAUCGCUUUGUGACGAAAUUGUUGUGCUAUGGAGAUUGGCUGCUCUAAAUCCUGGAUUGUCACCAGCCGAACGAGAAAUACUUCAUGAACAAUUUUUGGCAUGGCAUAUGAAAAUUAUUGACAAGGUCACAAAAAGUCGUGGUACAUCUGUAUCUCAUAAUUCACAUAAUAGAAAUAAUAGCAUUAGUUAUAAGGAUUCAUUAAAAAACGACUUGACUGUCUUUGUCGGCUUCAAAACAGCUCUUGAGGCGUGUUAUUUAGAUUGGGAAGAAUAUGCUCUGCCAGGGAUCACGUACACAGCUGAAAGCAAUCCCAUGUAUCAUUGCCCAUUUACGUGUUUUAGACAUGUCGGCGAUAGCAGUAAUGAAGUAAAUCAGGUGAAUUCGAGUUCAGCGGUAUUAAAUUGUCAGCCACCAAUUUCUCAUCAUCACAGCAGACGACCUCUAUCCUUAGGUCUCGUAGAAUUUAGUUAUACGGAUAGACGAAGAUUGAAUCCGCGAGAAUUUCCAGGCUUGUGUUCAAGAGGUAGCGGCGGAGAUGGAAAUCGAAGCAGCGUUAGUUCGGAAGGUUUUUGCGAAAAUGAUACCGACAUGGCCGACAUUUCAGAACCUCGGCUAUUACGGAGACGGGGAUGUACUAGGUUAAAUAAUUGUGGAGAUACAGAUUCACAGGAGGGUGGAGGUAGUGAGUCAUCAUCGAACAGUAACGUCAGUUUAAAAAAUGUUGAAGGCACGAAUAAACAUUGCUCUAAUAUCUCGUCGGAAAGUCAGAGUGAUAGCAGUGAAAGUAGUAACAAUAAGGCUACUAACGAAGUGAAGUGUAGCAGGACGACUUUCGUCGACUAUCGUGACAAAUCGCGAACAGUAACAACUAAAACAACAGGAACUAAGACUGAGCAAGAAUCUGAACAAGAAAAUGAUGCCUCCAGGAGACAAUCAAAAGAUGAAAGCUCAUCCUCUAGCAGCGAUAGUCCUUCUGGUGAUGAAUAUAACGUGUAUUAUUAUGAUUCGAAGGCAACACUUAAUAAUACAGGAACUGAUUCAAAAACAGAGUCAUCUUUAACAGUUGUACCCAGCGCAAAUACGUUACUGGGUAAUCUUAAGAAAAUAGAAGAUCCUUGGGGAAUAUUUCUUGCUAGAGCAGAGGGUCUUUAUGCUCAUGGGCAUACAAGAGAGGCUUGUCUGCUUGGUGUUACAUUAGCUGAAGAAUUACUAGCCAAUCCUCCAGAUUUAAUGAUCGAGGAACCUCCUCUGCCAUCCAAGGGAAAAAAGAAAAAACAACAAGUUAAUCCAGCAUCACAUCAACUAACGUGCCUUGCCUCUGCCACUUUGGCCAAAUGUUGCUUCUUAUGCACGGUACUCGCUGAAAAUCCCGAAAAUCACAAUCUUGCAUUCAGAGUAGGUCUCUACGGCUUAGAAAUGGCGAGACCACCAGCAAAUACGAAACCUUUAGAAGUCAAACUAGCACAUCAAGAAAGCGAGCUCGUAAGUUUAUUGAAAAAAAUACCCUUAGGACAAGCAGAACUAAAUAUGGUCAGACAGAGAGCAGCGCAUUUACGAGAUGGGGUAUUACGAUCAAGAGGACAUGCAUUGCUACCAAUUAUUUUAGCAAGCUUUAUAUUCGACACUUUAAAUACACCGAGAGGUCCGGAAAUUAGCAAAGAAUCUGACGAAGCACUCGGUUUCGAUGCAGCAGUUGCUGCUUUAGGACUCAAAGCGAACGUGAGUGAAGCGGAUCAUCCACUUCUUUGCGAAGGAACGAGACGUCAAAGGGGUGAUUUAGCGAUUACUCUUCUUGUACAUUACAAGGAUGCACCAGCUAAAGUAGCAAGAAUAAUGAACAAACUUUUGGAUCGUGAUGUUCAUCAAUUAAUUAAGUCUCCUAUUCUUAGUAGUUACUACACUGCUAAUCUUAUCACCAAGCCUGAGAUGACAAAUCAUUUGCGAGAAGACGAAUGUUUGUCGCCUUUAACAGGAACAGACGUUGGAAACGGUGACAACGCUAUUAGCAAUGGCAGUAGACCACACAGCAGUACUAGUGCAGAAUUAGAAAGUAGCAUGAAUGCAUUAACUCUUCAACCACCAUUGGUGCAGACUGUACCUACCAGAAAUAAAGAAACUAGGUACAAGAGUAAGCGAAUAUGUCCAUCAAUUCCUAAUCAACCAUCAGAAGCUGGUGCACAUUUCAUGUGUGAAUUGGCAAAAACUGUAUUAGCUAAAGCAGGUGGUAGUAGUUCAACUUCAUUGUUCACCCAAGUAUCAACGAAUCAAAAUCAUCACGUACCGCACAGAGCUUUACACAUGUGCGCCUUCCAAUUGGGCUUAUACGCUCUCGGUCUUCAUAAUUGUGUCAGUCAUAAUUGGUUGAGUCGUACUUAUUCUACUCAUGUCUCUUGGAUCACUGGACAAGCUGUGGAAAUUGGAGCGCCGGCUAUAUGGUUCCUUAUCGAAAGUUGGGAAGGUCAUUUAACUCCUCCAGAAGCUGUCAGUAUUGCUGAUAAGUCUUCCAGAGGGAGCGAUCCAAAUAUGGUUAGAGCGGCCGCAGAAUUGGCACUUUCUUGCCUACCACAUGCACAUGCCCUUAAUCCAAAUGAAGUACAGAGGGCUAUUUUACAGUGUAAGGAACAAAGUGAUGUCAUGUUGGAAAAAGCAUGCAUCACGGUAGAAAACACGGCUAAAGGUGGCGGUGUUUAUCCAGAAGUACUUUUUCAAGUUGCCAAAUAUUGGUACGAGUUGUACAUCCGUCACACACCCGGAGGAGAACAACAAGAUGAGAUGCCACACGAUUCUUUACAGUUAGAUCUUAACAGUGCCCUUUUAGUAGAACCUGGUCCUCCUGUAGAUUUAUCUGCAGGUCAAAUGAUACCAGGUCCAACACAGGCUGUCGUUGUAACUAGUACACAACCACCUCCUCAGCCAUAUCCUGCACAUCCCACUAUAACGACUCUGGCACCCUUGGGUACAGUACAACAGUAUUACAAUCACGAAGCACAAAUAAUACAACAACCAGGAGUUGGCAUGCCAUAUGCGGUAGCCCCCUACAGUUUCGUACAUCCGCAUCAUUCGAUUCCAGCGUUUGGUGGACCGAUGCCUACACAUAGAGUAACUCUACCUCCCGCACCACCACACAUGCAAAUGUAUCACACAGCCUUUCCACCUCAUCCUAGAUGCCCGCAGCAUCCUCAACAUCCGCAACAUCCGCAUCAUCCACCGCCAACUGCACAGCCACCACCAGUGCCGCAAUACUACGCACCGCAACCUCCACCUCCGCCGGGAACGCAUCAUUUAUUCACCAUGCAACAAACCAUGCCAGUUAACGUUCAAGCGGGAGUAACCCAUGGUCCUAUUCCUGGACAAAGUGGUUUGCCUGGACCAGCAUUAGUACAGGCUCAACCAAUCAUCUCUACUGUAAGACCGCAACCACAGGUUCAUAACCAGAACCAACGAUUUAGGCAUCAACAAUUUAGAGCAUUAGUUGCGGCAUAUCGCGUAGGUAUGCUAGCCUUGGAAACAUUAGCUCGUAGAGUACACGACGACAGACCCCAGGCUAAAUAUGCACGAAAUCCACCAUAUGGAGAAGACGUUAAAUGGUUGUUUAGAGUUUCCAAACGUCUGGGUUCUCAAUACCUUCACCAAUUAUGUGUUUGCACGGUGAACAGUAUCGUAAGUCCGUUCGUUCUUCACGAAGUGGCACUCGAAGCAGCCCAUUAUCUCUCCAGAAAUAAUCCAACAUUGGUUUUACAACACUUGAGAUCGGCUCCUCUGGCACCGCUCGUACACAAAUGUCAACAAAUGUACAUUCAGUGCAUGCAUCAGAAGCUAUAUCAUUUGGCACCUAGUGAUUACGAGGACUUUGCCAGCGUAGUUUGUGCGGCAAGAGCAGCAUUCCAUAUAACUCCGGAAGGGCACACGCAAUUCAAGGAAUGGCUUCAAUCUAUCAAAAGGAUAUAUGAUUUCAGAUCUAAAUCGUGCAACAAAGAACUAUGGGCGCAGAUCAAUGCGGCGCUACAGCAAAAUGGCAAAUGACACAGAGCGGAACCAGGUACAUCGAGAGGGACAUCGAUACCACCUCCUCCCUAUCCAACAUCAGCACCAGGUCCUGCAACGAUUAAUGCCGUAGCAUCAGCACCUGCACCAGUACCAGUACCAGCACCAGUACCGGCACAAAUACCGACACCGGCACCAGUACCUGCUACGGCUACGGUAGUUCUAUCCGUAUCACCAGUUACGACUACAACAGCCAUAGCAAUAACGACUACGCAUAGCACGCCAAGUUUAGUUGUGCAGCAUCAAUCUUCUUCUUCCUCUCAUCAAGAACGUCGGACGCGUCCACGCAUUGCAGCAGGACACCCUCAACAAGCUAGACUUGGACAAGAUUUUCAUAAUGUCUGCCUACGUUCUCCAUCAUGGAAACAUCGCGUAAGUGGCAACGAUAACAAAGGCAACAACAUCGGAUGACGUAUGAGUUUUCCGUGUGGUUCGCACGACGGAAAUCGUUUUAGGAUUCUCGCUCAUGGAAGAUUCAUCUCGGAUAUGUUAACACCCGUACAAUCCAAUUUGAUCAACCCACGAUGUCCAUGAUAGGCGAAAUUGCUUACAUUAAAUGUUAAAAGGAAAAUUAUGAAAAGGACGAAAAAAAUAAUAUAAAAAAAAAAAAAUAGGAAAAGAAAAUCUCAUAUCUAAGGAUUAUCGCGUGUUAAACUUAUGUGAAUUCGAAUUACUCUCAAGAAAAAACAAAACGAAAUUCGCAAUUAUUGUAUAUGGAUUAUAUUGGACGUAUAUUGUCGUUCUUAUUAGAAAAGAAUAACGAUGUCAACUUAAAACACGCGUCGUCGUUUUUGUUAAAUCGUUCUAAUCAAAAUUAUAUUUCUUUAACUCUUCGACUGCGGCACUUCACUUUCGCACGAAUACCAUCACAACAAACAAUAUUCGUAGGAUCAAUCCCUGUGACGGAAUUUCGCACAUCGUUUUAUGCUCAUUUAUUUAUCGUUCUCUAUACGUAUUUUGUAGUCAAAGGGUUAAAUACUCUCGCGUACAGGCGAGUCGUGAAUUCAAGAGAA